GCAAUGGCUGCUGAAGCGUUAAAAGAAGUGUAUCCGAGCUGGUGGGGUUUCAGUCCUGCCCUAGACCUGCAGGAGCAUUGUCUUCAGAGUACUAUCAGACAUAUGUCUUCUACAGAAGAUGACAUACCAGAACUGCAUAUUCUGCUGGUGGGUGGUGGCGAUGCCAGACAUCUUCUCAAAACUAUUUGCCAAGCACGUCGCUGGCCACGAAGAAGGCUUCAUUUCUACAUAAUUGAGAGUGAUCUGGAGCUGCUGACUCGGCAUAUUCUCUUUUUAAACCUGGCCCUGGAAAAUCCAGAACAAAUGGGCUUACAAGAAAAAAGCGAGCUUUUCUUGGAGAUUUUUGGGAACAGCCUAAUCCGUAGUCAGACAGCAGUCUAUCUUCAGGAAAAGUGUGAUUUCUUUAUCCGAUGCGUCACAGACCCCGACUACCAAGAGCGCAUUAACCCAUCAAUUAGUCUGACUGACAUCAAGUUCAGAGAAAGAGAUGAACUGGAAUCUAUCUUUAAAUUUUGGCAAAUGCCAGAAUCCAGACUUUUCCCAAUUGAAAGAUACUGGGACGUGAAGAACAGGGAGAUUCUGGGCAGGAGGUACGACUCCCGGAGGGGAGCAUAUGACUGGGACCUAACAAUGAAGCUUCAUGAGAGGGGGGCUGGUGCCAUCAGUAGCACAGAUUAUAACCGCUGGAGAGAAAAAGGGGUGGCUUUUGUGAUUCGUGAAGGAAUUUAUGAUGUCUCUAACAAAACACUGUCGUCACACAUGAGCGUGCUAAAUAGAAGUGGCAGGGUGCGAGCACGAGGAUACUGGGGCGACAUUAUUACCAGUCCUUACAUAGCCUUUGGCAUUGAAACUGAAGAAAAGAGCUUACUAAAAACUGUCAAUGGUGUCUUUGCAAAAUCUGCUCAAGACAUCUCCCAGUACAACAUCAUCUCAUUGUUCCAUGAGUUAAUCACUGGCCAAAGAUACACCGUCCCAGCAGCGUGCAAUCCGGAUUCCGCCUCUACAAAGCCUGGCCAUAUCUUCCCAUCUAGCUCUCUUGAAGAAUCUUGUAAAGAAAGCAAGGAUGUCACUAAUGGCACUCACAGCAACGAUGAACAGGAGACUGCAAGUAAAACUACAAGUUUUAUUCCUCUUAACAACGUGAAAAUACAUUUCUUGCCCAUCAGCUCUGUCGUGGACUUGCAUCGGAAGAGCAAAUAUCACAACCUCUUCAACAUCCUGUAUUUUUCUUGCAACAUGGUACAUCAUCUGACCUCCGCACACAAGUUAAUGUCUGCCCAGAAAGCUACUCUUAUUUUGGAACUUACAAAAUUCAUGGUGGAUCUCCAGGCAGAAAAGAUAAAAAGCUACGUUUCCAUAGUGACAAAAGUGGCAAAGGAGUCCGGUUUCACAACCACUGAAACCAUUGACUGGAAAAGAGACUCAUUUGCUAAGUUUGAACGUGUAGACGACUUGGAAGGACAGACAUCUGGGCUAUAACAGAUAUAUUUAUACAUUCAUUUUGGACUUUUCAAAAAGGUGUUAACUUUCCUGUUUAUUACCCAUAUCGAUAUCGUCGGGUUAUAAAUCACAGCAUUCCACUUGCUCUCUUCAACUGUACAAAUUUUAUAAAAUGUGAAUCUUUAACACGAUUAUGGGAAUAUUCCACCGUAACUGAUCUGGUUCACCUUUAAUUUAAGUACCUUUUACGAUCUAGUAUCUGCAUUACUUUGAAAAGUGUAAACCUUUCUUUUUACUGAGCAAAGCAAUGCAUCCUAUUUAUUUAAUGACCUUACAGGAACUUUUUCCAGUUGAGAGAAACUGCCAUUUUAAAAAUAUAGCACAAUAAUCACAAUUACUAUCUCACAAUCUUUGUUUUUUUGACCUCCAACCAAAAAAAUUAAUAAACAAAAACUCAGCAUGCGUAACAACGGUACAUACACGCACAUGAAGAAACAGAUUGAACGAUAGAUGCAAAUGACAAAAAGGCACAUAUGCCACAAAUCAUUUAGACCAUUAAUUCUCAGAAGCAUGUGCAUCACGAUUUUACGGCUUUAAAACAAAAUUAAGUCAUCAAAAAGUGCAAUUUUUGUCAACCUUUAUGACCCUGCCUUUUAAAGGCAUACAUUUUCCUGAGCUGGGAUAUCACAUUUUUAAGGUUCUCUGACAUUCCAAGCUUUGAUCACUAAACCUCAGAUUCUACUGUAUUGAAAACAAAGUUGCUGAUUUUUAAACAUUUCACUAUAGUUCAAGCAAUUUAAUUUUCACAUAUAUU